AUGAAGACCCACCAUGCCGCCUUCUUUGGUCGAGCAUCGCCGGGCCCUGCCGGUGUGGGGGAGGAGUUUGGUCCCAGCUUCGAGGCCACGAAAAGGCGAAUGGCCAUGGCCAUGCCGUUCGCCCACAAGACCAAGCUGGUUUGGCCGGGCGUUUACAACAAUCCCCCGGAGGUGGGCCCAGGAACCUUUGAGCGGAAGGAUGUGUCCAUUGGACCCCAACAUUUGUCGAAGCGAAGAAAUCUCUCCACCUACUCCUUUGCCCGCGGCCCCAAAUUUGGCCGGGAAGAGAGUGCGGAUGAUGUGAUCUCCAAAUACGACGCGGCUCGGAGCUGCUUCGGGAAACAGGUGCUGCACAAGAACCGCAGCGCACCCAGUGUGGGCUUCAACCACGAUACCCGCGACAUGCGUGCGAAGACUAAGGUGUGCAUGACGAAGUUGGACGAAGGCCCAAAGGCGAAUUUCAGCAAGUUGCAGAUCCGCAUGCCUCCGCUGCCCAUGGAGAAACACGUCUUGAUGGAUUGCGUGGUUGCCUGCCACGAAGCUGCUACGGAGGAGGAAACGUCACAUUUGAGGGUUUGCGGCAGCAAAACGAACAACAAUGCCAGUGAUUCGCCUGGAGCAAGACUGAAACUCUUCGCUUUGCUCCUCGGUACCUUGCUGCCAGCGCAACGUCCAGACAGGCACGGGCGAUGUUGGGAGGUCUUUCCUCGACGGGCAGCAUGCUGGAACGCAGGCAUGAACCCUAAACCGGGUCAGAAGCAUCUGACGAACGAAGAGCUUAAGGCCCAGGAGCUUCUCCCCGAGCUUUUCCUUGUGGCCCCGGUUAAGCUGCCGCCAGUGCCACCGGUCACACCCAAGGCCUUGGAGUCGCGAAACACGGUGACACCGCCGCGACGCGGAGAGAGACGACCAGCCUCGCAAGACACUGGUAGGAAAUUUUUGUUGGGUGGCGGCUAUGCUGCACUACUGGGAGCCCCUUGGCCCAUAAGUGAAUUAUGCGUCAUUGGCUGGAAAGAUUGGCGCCCCAAAUGCGCAAAUCUCGAAGGUCUACCCCAGUCCUGUGACCCCAGCAGGAUUUGCUUUCAGAAUCCCGGCAACCAGUUUGGGGGACUUCAUUGUGGGUUUCCUGAGAUGUGUUGGCAAUUCAUCAUUUGGAAGUGUUGGGAUGCCGCUGAAGGAUUUUUCUGUGGCAAAACAGGGCAUUUGGGGUCCCAUCUUCCUCCUACAGGGCGCCGGUGUUGCAGCGCUGCUAUCCGAUGCUUUGCCGGUGGAGGUGAUGAGAGCGGUGUUCCCCUACUGGUUCGGCACGUGGAUCUGGCAGAAUUGUUGGCAGGCCUGCUUUGUCUCGUUGCCACUGGCUGA